AAAUGUAAUUCGUGAAUGCUAUUGGUCGCGUAUGUUGCGACGUUAUUUCUGAGCGAAUAACGUUCACAAUUUACGUUUACCAUAUCUGAGAGGCGGUAUUGCAGAAACUCUCAUCUGAUUGCUAUGUCGAAACUAGAGUAAUGUUGUUCCCGGUAUUUGGUAACUCCAUGACGAACAUUUGGUUAUCCUUCUAUUUCCUGGAUUUUCGAUUCAGGAACCGGUCAGGCCUGUCAGUAACGGUGAGAUUAACGUGAAAUUUUUAAUCGAUUGUGAUGGAUACAAAAAAGCUGCAGCAGUUUAUGGAGCUAGUAGGCCGGUUGAAGCAUAUGAAAAGGACAGGAUGGGUAAAACGAGAUAUAUCUGAUCCUGAAACAAUUGCUGGACAUAUGUAUCGAAUGGCAAUGCUGUCAUUUCUAGUAGAUGGAAAAGAAAAUUUAGACAAAACAAAAAUAAUGCAAAUGACAUUAAUUCAUGACUUAGCUGAAUGUAUUGUGGGAGAUAUAACUCCUUACUGUGGUGUUCCACCAGAUGAAAAACACAGAUUAGAAGAUGAAGCUAUGGAAGAUAUUUGUAAAUUGUUAGGUGAUAAAGGACCUGAGAUAUUGCAAAUAUUUCGUGAAUAUGAGAAGCAGGAAAGCCCGGAAGCGCAGUACGUGAAAGACUUAGAUAGACUGGACUUAAUGAUGCAAGCAUUCGAAUAUGAAAAGAGGGACAACAUCUUGGGGAAGUUAGAAGAAUUUUUUGUUGCGACGAACGGCAAGAUUAGACAUCCCUUCAUUAGUAAACUUGCCAGUGAUAUAGAGGCUGACAGAAAAGCUUUGCUUAGUGGUUUAGAUAUCACAAAAUAACAAAGAUUCUGCCUUAAGGACAAAAAUUUGGAAGAGCAAGUUUCCAAAUAGUUUAAAUAAUAUUUUAAGAUUGGAGCACACAGUAUUAUACUUCAGAAAGAAUAUACUACAACGAUUAUUAAAUUUCUAGUAGAAAAUUUUUAUACAUUGCGAUCUUGUAAUUCAGCAAUUAUUUAUCCGAUGCUGAAGUCAUGUGAACAGUUUGUCACAUAGUACAGAUUUGUACAGAUUUUCUAUAAAAAGAAAAAUAUUUAUUUAUAUUAUGUUUACUUAUAUGUAAAUAUAUAUAUUGUAUAUCUUGACAUUUUUUCAAGGAUCGUCUGCUUUUCUUUUUUAUUAUUGGAAUAACAUGUACAUUUUCUAUGGUCGUAAUUAGUAUUUAAUAGUAGAGCGUUUGCCAAAUAUUUCUUUUUAAACUACAAAUUACACACACACACACACAUACACAUAUAUAUAUAUAUAUAUAUAUAUAUAGAGAGAGAGAGAGAGAGAGAGAGAGAGAGAGAGGGGCAGGGAGAAGCUAAAGCAUAUAAAUAG